AUGUCUUCCAACUUCUCGCGCAGCGGUCUAAUGACCCAUGCGUCCCAGGCAUUCCAUGCCAUUUCGGCAUCAACGUUCGCGGCCGGAAGGAGGCCGAGUGACACGGCCUCGCCCGCAGAUGGUCUCUCUGCUACCUACGCGGACCACCUGUCCAAUAUCCAGUCUUCCGACGCCGAAACUCCAGCGCAGAGUACGCUCCAAUUCCACUUGGCGCAGCAGAUUGCCGAAUCCAUGUACCUCAAGGCACGCCGAGUCAACCUGGUUCGCGAGGACAGCGGUGCCGACGGAAUCUUCCUUCGCGCACAUGAGGAUGUCUAUGCUGCCUACCCCAUGGACGCCUAUCGCGGUGUAGCCAUGCAGAGUAUCAAGAAGCUUCGCUGCGAAGCCGCCAUCAUCAUCUCUUCUGAGAUCAUCGAUUCGGCACUCUCAACGCUUCGUCCCAACCAGACUGAACUAAUCCUGACACCCCAACAGCGUGUCCAGGUCGUCAAGGACCUCGACAACCUCUGGUCGUGCCGUAAAGGCCAAGGUGCUGCCUUCAUCCAGGCCGAGGCGAUCAUGGUCGUUUGGACUGAAGACGGCAAGGAUCUCAUGGAUGCUGCUACCAGCUUCCAGAACUCGGUCCUGGACUACUUCGAGUCACUUCGAAGAGGCAAUUACGUCGACAGCCUACUUAACUACAGCGCAGCCAAGGGCUCCUUCAACGGCUCCGGCCGCUCGAGGACCAACAGCGUAGUGAGCUCGGCGGCCUCGUCGCAGACUCGCUUGCCGUCGCUCGCCUCGCGCUCCGAUCUCGGUCACGGCAAGCCAUCCGAGUUUAGGUUUGGCGAGCGCAGGCCUUCGCCUUCGCAAGCUAGCAGCUUUCACGAGAAGCAGCUAACCUUUUCGGAAAAGCAAGAAGCUGGCAUGGACGCCAUGGAAGAGGGCAUGGUUCCAGACCUGGUAACCGCCAAGCGUCCGAUCUACUUGGUAGCUCCGCUCCUUACGGGUCUCAGCCUCGGUCUCAACCUCCUGUUCAGCGGCAUUUUCAUGCGAAGCGUCCUGGUCACGGCGGUGGAGCUGAACAAUUGGCUCUACCUCAUCCCUCUACUGGCGAUUCCCUUCCUCAUGAUGCUUACGCAGUUCUUCACGGACAACAUUUUUGGAUGUAUCGCCCAGAUCCUGCUGCCUUACGGCAACAUGAAGAAGAACUCGCUCUACUACUCGGGCGAGAAGCCCGUGCCGUUGCCCAUCGAUGUUCAGCUGCCUUCGAUCACGAUCCAGGUUCCCGUCUACAAGGAGUCGCUUGAAGGUGUCAUUGCCCCUACCAUCCUCGACAUGAAGAAAGCCAUGAAGAAGUACGAACUUCAAGGUGGUAAGGCCAACAUCCUCGUCUGCGAAGAUGGUAUGCAGCUGAUCGACGAAGAGGAGCAGCAGGCGCGCAAGGAAUUCUACCAGACUCAGGGCUGCGGUUGGGUCUCUCGCCCCGGUCACGGCCACAAUGGCUUUGUCCGUCCGGGUCGCUUCAAGAAGGCUUCGAACAUGAACUUCGUGCUCGACUUCAGCUACGAUGUCCAGCAACUCUUGGAUGGUGGACGGGCUAAGUCCUACGACGAGGCGCUCGAGAUGGCCUUGCAGGCUCGCGACGGAAGAGCUCAGGCCGAAGGAGACGUACAUCUCGGAGACUACAUUUUUCUCAUCGAUUGCGAUACCCGUAUCCCUGUUGAUGCCUUCCUCGAUGCGGCUAGUGAGAUGGAGACCUGCCCCGAGGUGGCGAUCCUACAGCACUGCUCCGGUGUCAUGUACGUCGCCGACCACUUCUUCGAGAACAUGAUGGGCUUCUUCACAGAUAUUGUGAACUGGUCGAUUAGCUGGCUCGUCGCGUGCGGUGCUACGGCUCCCUUUGUCGGGCACAACGCCUACAUCCGCACCUCUGCUCUGCUCCAGGUAUCCGAGCGCGACCCCAAGACCGGUCAGCUGAUCACGUGGUCCGAAAACUCGGUCUCGGAAGACUUCGAUAUGUCGCUCCGACUUCAGCUCCAGGGCUAUGUGGUGCGCUGGGCGACCUACUCGAACCUGGGCUACCUCGAGGGUGUCUCGCUGACGCCCUCUGACGAGCUCAACCGUUGGCAGAAGUACGCCUUUGGCUGUUCCGAGAUCAUCCUGCAGCCGCUACGCUUGUGGUUGACAAAGGGACCGCUGACGCCGCUGUUUGUCAAGUUCCUGACCAGUGACAAGUGCAGUCUGGCUCAGAAGGUGACCGUGUCGUCGUACAUGUUCAGCUACUACGCUCUGGCCAUGAGUUUCCCCUUUGCCGUCGUCAUGUUUAUCGUCGUCGGUCUGUACGAGAACCAGACGGGACAGUACAUUGUUGAUUCGUUCAGGAUCUGGCUCUCGAUUCUGGUCGUCUUCUCGGCGGGUGGUACGGCGGCUAGGUUGCUGUGCUUCCUCAGGAGCAGGCAGAAGGGCUUCCUGUACGUGGUCAAGAGGCAAUUCGUCUACUUUUGGCCCAUGGUCGUCUUCUUCUCGGGGCUUCCAUACCACAUCCUCCUCGCGAUCUUGGCUCACCCGAUCGAGUACAACAUGACGUGGGCGGCUACGCAGAAGGACGUACAGGAGACGAGCCUGCUGGGCGAGGUCAAGGAGAUCAUGAGCCGUUACUGGCACUGCUACCUGGUCAUGGUCAGCUUCGUCGCCGUCAUGCUUCUCUUUGGCACCAACCUGCUCAGCCAAGAGUUCUGCAUUUACGGCAUCAACCUCUUCUGGCCAGGUGCCAUCACGGUCUUUGGCCACAUUUUCUACCCGAUCUUACUCAGUCCUGUCUUUAUGCGCUUCAACUUCUAA